AUGCCGCUUAUAUCAUGGUAUGUGCGUAGAAAAGAUCUGAAGCGGCUAGUACCUCAUGUUAUCACCGCUGAACGAUUCGGUCGCAGUGGGCUACCAGGCCAGAAGGUAGCAAGUCCUGAAGAAAACUUUUUCACGAUCUGGAUCCACGGUGCCUCAAUAGGAGAGUGUCUGUCAGGGUUGCCAAUCGUGAAUUUAGCUCUGAGUCCCAAACUGGGUCAAUCGCUACCAGAGAAAAAGGUGCGAGUAGUUGUGUCAACAACAACAACAUCAGCACGCCAAGUUGUCACGGAGCGGCUAAAGGAGAACAAAAACGCCAUUUGUGUCCUGGCCCCUCUUGACCACCAUCGAUGCGUCGAGCGAUUUUACGACACCUGGAAGCCGAAUGUAGGAAUUUGGAUUGAGUCUGAACUCUGGCCCACACUCAUUACAGAGGCUGCACGAAGAGAUAUUUGCAUCGGCCUUGUGAAUGGUCGAAUAUCAGCUUUGUCGCUUCGUUUGUGGCAACUACCGGGUUUGUACAAUCUUUCAAAAAGCAUUGUGGGUUUGUUCUCUUUAGUGCUUUGCCAAGACGAGCAGCAAUGCCGUCGAUUUGAAAGCUUAGGAGCAAAAAAUGCUGGUGUGGCUCUUAACUUAAAGUUUGCAUCCACACGCUCGAUUGACAACGAUGAUGAAGCUUCGAUUCUACGGCGUGCGAUUGGGGAUCGACUAGCAUGUGUCGCAGGCAGUACGCACGACAAAGAGGAGUUGAUGCUGGCGAAAGUGCACAUCGAGUUGACAAAGAGAUUACAAAAUAGACGACUACUAACAAUGAUAGUUCCUCGCCACCCGAAUCGGGCGCCUUUUAUUGUGAAACAGAUCCUCCGACAGUUUCCUAAAUUAGUGGUUGGCUUACGCUCUCGCGAUAGCUUGCCACGUGACAAUGUUGACUUGUUCAUUGUUGACACGAUGGAUGAAACACACUUGAUGUAUAAUUGUGUUUCUACCGCUGUGAUAGGAGGCUCGUUUGUCAAGCGUGGUGGACACAAUCCUAUUGAACCUCUGCGUGCAGGCUGCUACGUGUUGAUGGGUCCUUACAUGGAAAACUUUGCGGACAUUCUAUGUCAGCUAAAGCUUCAAUCUCGAGUAGUCAAUGAGCUUCGAUCGGUUAUAAGCGCAGAAGAAUUGAUCGUAGCACUUGAAAAUCACUUUAAAAUUCAGAACAUUUCCAAUUCGGCGUCCAUAGCCUCAAAAGAAAACCAGCUGAAACGAGCAAUGGAGGACCUUGCAGCAUCGACGCUUUCAAUGCAUGAGUCGCAACUGGUCGAUUGGAUUUUGAAAAGCGGAUCUAGAAAAGGCACAAAAAAAAAUCUUAGCGACGAUAUCAAAGAAUGA